AUGCCAAAGAAAGUCAAGCGCUACUACCGACUUGCCGGGAUCCCCUCACGUCUGCGGCCGGGCGAAUUCGACACACCGAGACGGCAAAAACAAAAUGUCACAACAACGUGCCGUUCUGGCGAAUCAGCCAUCACGACGCCGACGUCAGUCGCCUGCGCCCUCCACAUCUACACCCACACAGGCAGACACACCAGCAUCCACCGAUGCCCCAGGCGUGACGACAAGUGGCGAAUAGCAUCCGGCCAACGGCGUCGCCGACCGACCGCGGCGGUGAAGGGCUCACCUGCAAAAGCGUUGGCAGACCUGCGAACACGACGGACAACUCGCCAUAUCGUCGUCCAGCAGGGCUUCUCUAUCCUCCUCGGCGUAUGA